AUGGCAAGCCUACUUAAAAAGCCCUUCAAGCUUGCCCUCGUGCAGCUUGCAUCAGGUGGUGAUAAGGCCGCAAAUCUCGCACAUGCUCGCUCGAAAGUCAUCGAAGCUGCAAAAGCUGGCGCUUCCAUGAUCGUCCUUCCUGAAUGCUUCAACUCGCCGUAUGGCUGUCAAUAUUUCCCUGUGUACGCCGAGACCGUCCUUCCUUCGCCUCCCUCAGAAGAGAAAGCACCCUCGUGGCACAUGUUGUCCAAAGUUGCAGCAGAAACGAAGACAUACCUGAUUGGCGGGAGCAUACCAGAAUUCGUCCCGGAGACGAAGGAAUACUUCAACACCUCUCUUGUGUUCUCGCCCACCGGAAAGCUUCUAGCGACGCACCGAAAGACACACUUGUUUGACAUCGACAUACCGGGCAAGAUCAAGUUCAAAGAGAGCGAUGUCCUGUCUCCAGGAAACAAAGUGACUAUUGUCGACAUUCCAGAAUAUGGUAAGAUUGGGUUAGCAAUAUGUUAUGAUGUUCGCUUCCCCGAACUCGCCAUGAUAGCUGCAAGGAAAGAUGCUUUCAUGUUUGUUUACCCUGGAGCCUUCAAUACGACAACGGGUCCAAUGCACUGGACAUUGCAAGCCCGUGCCAGGGCAAUGGACAACCAGAUUUACGUGGCCAUGUGUAGUCCCGCGCGAGACACAGAAGCAACCUAUCAUGCUUAUGGGCAUUCGAUGAUAGUGAAUCCCAAUGCGGAGGUCUUGGCUGAGGCUCAAGAGUAUGAAGAUAUUGUCUAUGCCGACAUUGAUGGCACAAAGAUUGAAGAGACGAGGAAAGGCAUUCCAAUCUAUACUCAGAGAAGGUUUGAUGUCUAUCCCGACGUGAGUGCUGGAAAGGUGCGAUACGAGGAAUGA